GGGGCAGGGCGGGAGGGAGGCAAGUGUCAGGCCGAUGUGCGGCCGGCGAGGGGCCGGGGUCGGGGCAGCUGGGGCCAUGCGCUCGGACUGGGCAGGGGGUCGGAGGGGCGCAGAGCGGAGCCGCCUCGGAGCCUGAGCCUCCCGGGGCCGGGGCCGGGGAGCCGCGCGGGGCCGGCCGGCUGGGGGGAGGGGAGCGAUGCGGCGCCGGCGGGCGGCGGUCGCCGCGGGUUUCUGCGCCUCCUUCCUGCUGGGCUCCGUCCUCAACGUGCUCUUCGCACCGGGGUCGGAGCCUCCGCGGCCAGGCCAGUCCCCCGGGCCCUCGCCAGCCCCGGGCCCGGGCCGUCGCGGGGGCCGCGGGGAACUGGCCCGGCAGAUCCGAGCGCGCUACGAGGAGGUGCAGCGCUAUUCCCGCGGGGGCCCCGGACCCGGGGCCGGCCGGCCGGAGCGGCGGCGCCUGAUGGACCUGGCUCCGGGCGGGCCGGGCCUGCAGCGUCCCCGGCCCCCGCGGGCCCGGCCCCUGCCCGACGGCGCCCCGAGCUGGCCCCCGGCUCCCGGCCCGGGCUCCCCGGGCUCGGGCCCGCGCCUGGGCUGCGCCGCGCUCCGCAACGUGUCCGGCGCCCAGUACGUGGGCUCAGGCUACACCAAGGCCGUGUACCGGGUCCGCCUGCCCGGCGGCGCCGCGGUAGCGCUCAAGGCGGUGGACUUCAGCGGCCACGAUCUGGGCAGCUGCGUGCGCGAGUUCGGGGCACGGAGGGGCUGCUACCGGCUGGCGGCCCACAAGCUGCUCAAGGAGAUGGUGCUGCUGGAGCGGCUGCGGCACCCCAACGUGCUGCAGCUCUAUGGCUACUGCUACCAGGACAGCGAGGACAUCCCGGACACCCUGACCACCAUCACAGAGCUGGGUGCCCCUGUGGAGAUGAUCCAGCUGCUGCAGACUUCCUGGGAGGACCGCUUCCGAAUCUGCCUGAGCCUGGGCCGGCUCCUUCACCACCUGGCCCACUCCCCCCUGGGCUCGGUCACUCUGCUGGACUUCCGCCCCCGACAGUUUGUGCUGGUGGAUGGGGAGCUGAAGGUGACAGAUCUGGACGACGCACGCGUGGAGGAGACGCCGUGUGCCAGCAGUGCUGAUUGCAUCCUGGAGUUUCCAGCCAGGAACUUCAGCCUGCCCUGCUCAGCCCAGGGCUGGUGUGAGGGCAUGAAUGAGAAGCGCAACCUCUACAAUGCCUACAGGUUUUUCUUCACAUACCUCCUGCCCCACAGUGCCCCACCCUCACUACGGCCUCUGCUGGACAGCAUUGUCAACGCCACAGGAGAGCUCAGCUGGGGAGUCGAUGAGACACUGGCCCAGCUGGAGAGGGUGCUGCACCUGUUCCGGAGUGGGCAGUAUCUGCAGAACAGCACAGCGGGCCACAGAGCUGAGUACCAGCGCCUCCCAGACAGCACCAUCCUCCAGGAAGACUACCGCUGCUGGCCCUCCUACCACCACGGGAGCUGCCUCCUCUCCGUGUUCAACCUGGCCGAGGCCGUGGAUGUCUGCGAGAGCCACGCCCAGUGCCAGGCCUUCGUGGUAACCAACCAGACCACCUGGACAGGUCGGCAGCUGGUAUUUUUCAAGACAGGAUGGAGCCACGUGGUCCCUGAUCCCAACAAGACGGCAUAUGUGAGGGCCACAGGCUGACCUCUCUGGGGGCUCAGCUGCCAGCGGACCAGCCCCGCCCGCUGGGCUCGCCUGUGGAGGGAGGGUGUGCCUUGCACUAGCAGCACUGCAUGUCGCCUGCAAGCCCCCACCGGCGAGGCUGACAUCCCAGACAGUGAGGUAACCAGGACAACGUGCAAUAAUGCCAAAUAUUAAAAUGUGAGUUUACCGGUCUAGGUAUGGGACUGCUGGCCCCUGGGGCCAGGAAUCACGGGAGCCCGGUGGGUGUCUGACUGCCUCUCCAACCCUCUGGGUGGCCAGCAAGGCUUAGGCUGAUACCCACACUAGGGGCUUCGGCCCUCGCUGGGACAGUUCUGUGGGCAGCCCCACCACUGUGUUCAUAGUGUGAGAAUAUAGCCAGGGCUCCUGCUGCUGCUGCUGCUGCUGCUGCUGCUGCUGCUGCAUGUCACGAUCUGGUGGGGGCUGCGUGGGGACAAUCGGUCAUGGAGAGUUCUCUCAGCUGAGCUCCGGACAGAAGACUUGAUGGGGAUGCUCUGGGAUGUGUGGGAUUCCGCACCUGGGGAGGCCGCCUCUGGCCACCCAACCCUGGGGCACCCACAGGCCAGCGCAGGGGCAGGGGCAGAGGAGCACACAAGGUAUGAGCCAAGACAUGGGGUCAAGGAGCAGGUUGCUGUUUGAGCCAGGACCUGGGGUGGGGGUGGGGCCGGGGCCUUUCUGCCUCAUUUGCUUUCAGUGAAAGCCGCAAAGCAGCCAAAACCAGCCUCUCCCCGCUCCUUGGAGUUUGUAUCUCCAGAAGCUUUUGUACUUCUUGUUCAUUAAAAUGUUUAUUUUUGUAAAAAAAAGAAAAAAAGAAAAGAAAAAAGAAAAAAGGUCAAUCAAUUAAUAAACAACGUUUCACGGCAAGGACGCUUCCCAAGCC